UUUCAGUUGUUUCUCGUUGACACUUAGACAGUCAGUGAGUGGAGUCAGUGUACUACAUGUUAGUUUCUUGGUACCUAAAUAAAUAUCAUAAUAUUAUCCCUAUAGUGGUUUCCGUUUAGAAAGAUUUUAUUUUUACUUCUAAAAUCUUUCACAUCAUGUACGAACUUCUAAAUGAUAUUUUGGAAUGCAUUGAAUUCGUUUCCAGAAGCGUGUUGUCUAACCUCUCAGAAAUAGUAGAAACGUGGGACCAAAGUUCACAGAUGUAUGCAGGCAUUGUUGAAAAAAUUAACGUGGCUUGGAGAGCUCCUUUGGAUACAGAGUUGUUAGAAGAAUUCCCUGAUAUUAGAAAUAAAGUAGCAAAAAAACUUGAAUGGCUUGGAAAUGGCCAACUUUCUAUCUUGCGUUUACUUAUUGGACGCAUGUUUAAAAUAAAUGAAUGUCUCAAAAUUAAAUUGGAUAGAAUCAACAAUAAACUUGAGAAAAUAUCAUUUGAAGAACAUAAUGAGCUUAAGCAUUCAGUCCGUGAACAUGUAAUGUGGAUAGAAGACUGUUGGACAUGUCUUCAUUGCUUAUAUAUGCAACUUGAUUUUGCAAUGAUGUCAUUAACUGUAUUAGAUGAAGAAUCAGCAUCGAAUCUAGUCAAAGCAAUUCAACAAGAUGAAAAGGAUAGAUCAACCAUACGAAAAUCACAAACUUAUAUGCAAAGCUGCUUAAGUUUAAUUAAGUUUAUUUCAAAUAAAACUAAAGUUAAGCAGCUUUGUGUAUAAAUAAAUUGUAUUUCCCUAUUUAUCCUUUUUUCUUGUUCCUAUAAUGUAUUAUAUUGUUAUUGUUCUACAAUAUAUUGUAAAAAAAAAAAAUAAAUAAUUUUCUCAAAAGCUCAA